CUACACCCUCCCCCUUUCUGCUGCCACUGCUGCUGCCUUUACAAAGGCCUUUAUGGAGCCUCGGAAGCAGUGUGUGUGCUUGUCCUGACUAUAUACCCAGGAUCAUGCGUGUGCCCGGGAUACCAGUGCAUGUGCCCAGCAUGUGAGUGUGGGCCUGUGCCUCUCCAGUGGCCCCUGUUUGUGCAGGAGCCUCACACUCUCACUCACACAGGGGAGUUCUAGGGAAGUGCAGAAAUGAGUCCUGGCUGGCUGCACUGAAUGGCUGCUUCUCCCCCCGAGCUGAACUGUGAACCCCCAACUGGAACCUGAGAAUCCACCAGCCUGUGGGAUCUGGAGUGCCUGGCCCCGAGUGGGUUCCCAAGAGCAGCUGCGCUGGGAUAUGUGGCUCCUGUACCUGAUCCUGGGCUCUGUGGAGAGCCAGCUUUUACCCGGCAAUAACUACACCACAGAGUGUAACAUCCCGGGCAACUUCAUGUGCGGUGACGGGCACUGUAUCCCCGGCGGGUGGCAGUGUGAUGGGAACCCAGAUUGCUUCGAUGAGAGCGAUGAGAAAGAAUGUCCGGCAGAGUCACGGCACAGGCGAAUCGGAUCCAUGCUGACAGCCAAAGCCAAAUCCAGGUGUGGACCGAACUUUUUCCCGUGCAUGAGUGGCAUCCACUGCAUCAUCGCCCGCUUCCAGUGCAAUGGUUUCGAGGACUGUCCCGAUGGGAGCGACGAGGAGAACUGCACUGCCCACCCUUUGCUCUGUUCCACCACUCGCUUCCACUGCAAGAACAGCCUGUGCAUCGAUAAGAGCUUUGUGUGCGACGGACAGAACAACUGCCUGGAUAACAGCGACGAGGAGCAGUGCCAGAGCCCACAAGAUCCGGGCAGUGAGCAGGAAUAUGUUUCUUCGGAGAACCAGCUGCUUUACUACCCCAGUAUCACCUACACCAUCAUCGGAAGCUCCGUCAUCUUUGUGCUGGUAAUUGCUCUCCUGGCGCUGGUCCUGCACCACCAGAGGAAACGCACUAACCUGAUAAGCCUCCCAGUGCAUCGACUCCAGCACCCACUGCUUCUCUCCAGACUGGUGGUACUGGAUCACCCCCACCACUGCCGGGUCACCUACAAUGUCAACAAUGGGAUACAGUACAUGUCAAGACAGGGCUACCAGCAGCCAGUGAGUGUGGAGUCCCCACCCUCAUACACUGAGGCCGUGCUAGAUCACAGCUCUCGGCCGCCAUGGUUUGACCUGCCGCCUCCUCCUUACCCCUCUGAUAUGGAAUCCACCAGCCAAACAGAGCUGCCUCCUUACCGCUCCCGGACAGGCAGUUCCACCAGUGCUGGCAGCAUUGAGCACCCCUGGGGUUCACCCAGCAGCACAGAGCACCCAGAGAGCCCUACAGAACCACAGGACAUGGAACUUACACCAAGUGACAGUCUUCCAAGCCCAGAAGCAGAAGUCUAGGAUCACCGAUGAUGCCAGAACAUGGACUGAGUAUAUCAUGGGUCAGUCUGCUACAACUUGUUACCUGCAGGACUAUUCCUUAUAUAUUUUUAUAGAUCCCAGAUUUUUAUUUUUUUAGUGGUUUAUUUCCCCUUUAUUUCUAUGUAUUGGACAUGCUGAAUCCCCAGCAGUGAGGCACUUGCCUAUUACUAUGCAGCAGCAGUGCCUGCCAUUCAACGCUUGGUUUGUUUGGUCUGUAGCAAAAGCCAUUAUCUGACAGAAAGGAUGGAGCCCUGCAGAGGAGAUGAACCUUUAAAAAAAACAGAUUACAGCCCAUUAGCUCUUUUCAUCCAUAAAACACGGGCGUAAAGGGCCGUCCCUGCUCUCAACAGAGGACUUUCCCGUGUGAUUAAAAGAAACAUGCACCGAGUUGUUCUUCAGAAACCAACCACAUGAUGACAAUGAGUCGCGGGGAGUCGGUGAUCAGAAAAUGAAAAUAUACGGGGAGUAUGGUGUCAUCUGAUUGUAUUGUUUUGCAAGUGCUCCGCAGAGCAAUUCACGCACAGCGGUAGGGAACUGUUAAAGGAACAGUAGUGUUUCAUUCUCACCUGGGUUUAUCUCUAGUGGGAAGAACCACUUGUUUUGGCCCCAGGGCCAGCAUCUGGACUACACUGCUGUGGGCCUAUGGACACCCAUCCGGAGAAGAACACAGCUGUUGGAAAGACGCUGUACAGGAGUCAAUAAGAUGCAGCUUUUAUUGACCCCUGUAUAAACAUCUGUUUUCUGUCUCUGCUUCCUGGUUGAACCUGAUUUAGACUCCACCCUCCUCCGUCAUUAUAGCCCUAUACACAAACCAAAAUCUCCCAGCUUGGUCUAAAGGGGCCGAGUUGAUUUAUUGACCCACUUUUACUUAUAAAAAGAUGCCUGCAGUACUUACCUUUUUUCUGUACAUGCCUCAGGGCUCUGCUUCCUGGUUGAGGCUGAUUCAAGCUCCACCCCCUGUAGACCUUAGCACUAUUUAUUGGUUGCUGUCCUCUAAAACAGGUAAUAAACGGUGGAUCCAUUUAUUUGGCAUAGCCAACGGUGAAGGUCCAAUCAGGAUGAUCUAAUUGUUAAUGCCUGUGUUCUCCAUCAGUUAUUGAGUGGCGUAGCCAUAUUACAGCCCCAUUCACUACAAAAGUAGCCAGGUUUGAAGCCUAUUUUUUUUCCUAUUCCUCCAUAGGGAGAGCUGUCCUCCACCUGCUGGAUGGCGCUGGUCAUUGCAGCUAAAACAACACAAUGGCGGCUCCCUGUCCCUACAGAGACAGAAAAAGAAUGAAGUUGCUUGUAAGAAACAAAGUCAACGGGAAAUACUCGAGUUUUUAGAAAAUCCAUUUUUAUUAAGGGGGUUUUAGUUUAAAUAGCUUUCAGGCAAACAUUACUGUUCCUUUAACCACCCUCUUGGACACCCCUGUAUUAGCCUGUGGUCUUUAAAGGAGAGUUACUGUGCCUCACCUUCAUUCUGAUUGGUCCUUCCUGGAUAAUACAGGAAGCUCGGACAGAAUUAUGUUUAGAUCCUCCAGUCCCAGGAACUCAUUGUGCCUUUCUGCCCCAAGAGGACUGCUAAAGUGGAGGACUGAGGGGCUAAUGUAUAUAGACCUUCCCCACAGCCUUGGGCAUAACCAUAAGUUGCCUAUCGACCCUGCCUUGGUAACAAGUGUCCCCGACCAACCUGCGUGUGGGAUAUUGGUGCAUUGUUGCACUUAUAAAGCAUAUGCAGUGUGGUGAUGUUAAUAUAGCUGCCGUGCAAGGAUGCUGGGAGUUGUAGUCCACAUCGCUGGUGUUGUGUUCUCUCUUUCUCUCUCUCUGUUUUUAUGUUGUGUCUAAAGUUCCAUUCAUGUUCCCGAUCCGAUGCUGGAAAGGAUGAUCCGGUUCAGAUACGGUUACCCAAUCAUGCUCAGGGAGACUUCUAGAAAAUACAGCUGGCAGGGCUGAUGGUAUUUAACUUAAUUAUAAUCUGUUCUUGGUCAGUGCAGCCCUGCCAUCUGCAUUCAUUAGGAUUAUCCCCGAUUAUUCCACAGACACUGGAACAUCUCUCUGUUCUCUUUGUGCCUAAUGUUCCUGUUCCUGAUCCGAUGCUGGAAAUGACGUGUUCUCUGCUCCAUAUGAUACGGUGACUGGAGCCCAGGAGAGGAGAUUUGCCUUAUUCUCAAUGUAUAUAUAGAUAUUUCCAGGGAGUACACCAGCUUUAUACAAUAAAGAACUAUACUGCUAAAGCCUAA